CACUCCGACGGGACAAUUUUUUGGCGCGAAGUUUAUCUUCCUUUUUCGCUUACGGCUCUCCUUUCUCCCAUUUGUGCUUCACUCUUCAGCAAUGGUGAACAUCUCAAACCGUCUCCAAGAAAUCAAUACCCUAAUUUGUUCCGGACUCAAAGCACACAAAUCACUUGCCUACUCCUCUCUUCUACAAAUCCAACAGGCUUCUAUUCCAGACCACAUUUCAAUUGAUGCCCUAGCCGAGUUUUCUCGGGAUUCCAUACACCAUAUCGUCUCCGAUACUCAAGAUGAAGACGAAGAAAUCGCCGCACAAGCAUUGAAGUGCUUAGGAUUCAUAAUUUAUCACUCAUCGAUUGUUGCUGCCAUUCCGGCUAAAGAAGCCAACUUUAUCUUUAAGUCAUUGGCAGAACUAAUCAGUAGAACGAGACUGAAGUCAGUAUGUAACUUAGGAGUCUGGUGCAUAUCUAUUCAACAGCUUGAUUCAGACAUUCUUGCUGUGCACUUCCAAUCUUUAUUGCUGGCAGUUACUCAUGCCCUCGACAAUCCCUAUGGGUCUUUGUCGACCACUUUUGAGGCUAUCCAGGCUAUUACAAAGCUGGCAGCCAAAUUAAGUGAUAAAAUGAGAGAGUCAUCUAAUAUAUGGGCUCCUCCAAUAUAUAGAAGACUUCUUAGCUCAGAUAAAAGAGAGAGGGAUAUGUCAGAGAGAUGUUUGUUGAAGAUCAGGUUCACAAUAUUACCUCCUCCGCUAGUCUUGUCCAAGGCGCUCGUGAAAGAUAUGAAGGAAUCAUUGCUUAUUGAAAUGGAUAAGUUAUUAAGUCGUGGAAUGAAGGUUCAGGCUAUUGCAGCUUGGGGAUGGUUCAUCCGGAUACUAGGAUCUCAUUCCAUGAAGAACAGAAGUUUAGUAAAUUAUAUGCUUAAAAUUCCUGAGCGGACAUUUUCAGAUCAUGACCCUCAAGUUCAGAUUGCUUCUCAGGUUGCAUGGGAAGGUGUAAUUGAUGCUCUUGUUCACACUCCAAAUCUCCCGUGCGAGAUUAAUUUGGUCAAGGAAAAUGACAGCAAUCAAACGGUGCAACUAUUAAAUGAGAAUAAUUGUGAAAUCAAAGCCAAUGCGUUUUCAAAAAGCUUAAAGCUGAUCAUGGUGCCUUUGGUCGGUGUCAUGCUGAGUAAAUGUGACAUAUCUGUUCGCCUUUCAUGUUUGAACACAUGGCAUUAUCUUCUCUAUAAACUUGACUCAUUUGUAAACAGUCCUUCCGUGAUAAAAUUAGUUGUAGAGCCUGUUCUCGAGGCAAUUUUUCAGCUUGUUCCAGAUAAUGAAAAUCUCAGAUUGUGGACUAUGUGUUUAAGUUUUCUGGAUGAUUUUCUAUUGGCGAAGUGUUCACAAAUGGAUAAUGAUGUAACUGGCCAUUUAUGCUACAAAUCAGAAACGGUGACGCCCAAUAUUGAAUAUUCAGAAACUGGUAAAAGGUCUUGGAAGCAGUGUCCUAUUAGGUGGUUGCCAUGGAAUCUAAAUCAUUUGGACUUUCAUUUAAAAAUGAUUUGUGUUAUCACCAGUUCAGCAUCAAUGGAGACCUUCAACAAUGAGAAUAGGACUUUUGCAUAUGAUGCUUGUCAAAGGUUAUUUAAAUCUGUCUUAAAAGGACUCCAACUAGAGUUAAAAAAGCCCUCUGCUAAUUAUGAUGAUGUUAUGUUUGCUUUGAGGGAAAUUUUAAAAUUUUUAAGACAUUUGUCUGACGAUAUUAGUGCCAGUGGUGAUGUCAAUAUUCACCAUCAUUUACAUUAUACUGUCCUUCACUUUAUUCGGGCUGUCACCAAGGAGUUAGAACCUUCUAUACUGGGAUCCCCACUCUAUGAGGUUGAAUUAGACCUCAAGGCAAUGGAUGCAGUCCAAUCAGUCAAUCACACCAGCUAUGCACAAGUUCUUGGUGUCCCUUCUAUAUCUUACAUGGAUAAGGUAUCACCUAUAACGUAUUUAGUUGUAAUGUACAGUUUAGUUGCUGUUUGGUCUACUUCGACAAUGCACCUUACGGAUUGCAUCCUAAAGGAAAUGUGCAGAUAUUUUGAACUUGUAUUUUCUUCAUUUAUACCACCAGAUAAUCUACUUGCAGCAGCUACAUUAGUUCUGUAUAAAAAUAUUGUACCCAGUAACCUGAAGAUAUGGAUAGAAGUAGCAAAAGGUUUGAUGGAGAGCAGUACUAUGGGGAAUCAUCUCGCUUUGAAAACCAAGUCAGAAACUGAAGGAGUGGAUACCAUAUGCCAUAUCCUUUCUUACCCUUUUGUUGUAUGCUCCUCAAAAGAAUUGUGUGGCUCUCCCCUGGAGGGUCUUGAGCUUGCAUCUGUUGUCCAAGUCUGGAAGUCGCUUUAUGGUUCCGUGAACACAUUGCAGCUUGACAGUUUUGUGAGUAUCAGUUUUACUGAGGGUUUGGCUUCUAUGUUAAACGGAUGCCUUGAUGACCAAAGGAUGCCUGGUUGUGGGAGUGAAUCUUGUUCUAGCUGUGAAGAUUUUAUUGCCGAUUUCUUCUCAAUAUUUGUCAACAUUGUCACAAACCUUUUGAAUGGGCUGCAAAUUUCCAAGAGAAGAUCAUAUAAAAUAAUGAGAAAAGAUAGUAACAGUGAAAAAUCCAGCCUCAAUAAUUCUAGCUUGAGAUUGGCUGCCAGAUUUAUUGAAAUAGUAUGGAUAAAAAAAGGAAAGAAUUCAUCAAAUUGGCUUUCCAGAGUAUUCUCCGCAUUGGCUCAAUUUGUCAACUGCCUUCACUUGAAACAAGAUAUAUUUGAGUUCAUUGAGAUUAUAUCCUCUCCAUUGCUCUUGUGGCUGACCAAAAUGGAGACAUUGGAUGAACGCAUUAACAGUGAGCUUCAAAUCCUUUGGUCUAAAAUCACUAGUCAUCUGCAAAACGGUUGCCCUUCAUUAGUCUCUGACUCUGCCUUUCUGAAGCUUUUGGCACCUCUACUCGAAAAAACUCUCGACCACCCGAAUCCCUCCAUUUCAGAGCGGACCAUUACUUUCUGGAGUUCCUCAUUCGGUGAACAUUUAUUUGCAAGUUACCCUCAAAAUUUGCUUCCUAUACUACACAAGCUAUCAAGAAAUGGAAGAAUAAAACUCCAGAAGAGAUGCUUGUGGGUAAUUGAACAAUGCCCUGCAAGACAAGAAGAAAAUGCCGACCCUCCCUUUAGCCAUAGAGUAAGUGCCACAUCCAUCAAGAGCUCAAAAAGAAUACAAAUAAUGACAACUACAAAUCAUGACAAGCACAAAGAGGAUACCCCUACGUCCAAUCCAAAAAGGAAGAAGAUUAAAUUAACUCAACAUCAAAAGGAAGUAAGACGAGCUCAACAGGGACGGUCACGGGAUUGCGGUGGACACGGCCCCGGCAUUCGAACUUACACAAGCCUUGAUUUUUCACAAGUAGUUGAUGAUUCAGAGGAAAGCCAAGACACCCAAAAUCUAGAUUCCAUUUUGGAGAUGGCAAGAGCUGAUAAUUAACUACUUUCUUGAAGGCCAAAUCUAAUAGUAAAUCAAACACAAGUGAACCAUGUUGCAUAUAAAUUGCCAUUUAUUUAUUUAUCAUUCACCAUGUAAAAUAGCUGCCAUAAUUAUCUUUGCUUUUCUAGCAUGCUUGGUUAUUAUUUUACAUUGUUUGUAUUUGACCCACUUUUUUGGCAGAUAAAUGUACAGUAAUUUAUUUUUAUUUUUAUUUA